CAAGCUUUGGUCUUACAUUAGUAAAUUCUUGAACAGGAGCCCCGAAGAAAGCUUUGAAGCCCCUAAAUCCAGGAAACCCAGCUGUACCAAAAUACAUUUGCAUCAGGCAAGUCCUAGUCCUCAGGAUAUCAGCAGUAGCCUUGGCUCCAGAAGAAGUAAUGGGGACAAUAUGUUAAAGGUUUUACCACUGCAGACCAGUCUUACCCCAAGUUCUCAAGAUGGUAGUAGUAAUCAAGAAGAUGGUCAGGAAAGUUCUCCCAAAUGGAUUGACUCUGGGUCUAGUUCAGAGGAAGAAUGCACCACAAGUUAUCUAACAUUAUGCAAUGAAUACAGUCAAGAAAAAGUUGACCCUGGUUCAUUAAACGAGGAAUCUGUCCUGAAAUCAGAUGAUAAUGUUCUCAUUACCAAAGAGCAAAGAGGCGUCAAAGCGCAAGAUGGAGCUGCCACUGGGAACUUGGAAUCUGCAUUCACGUGUCAGGAAAUAAAAGAUUUUGCUGAUGAUGUGGAUCCAGAAACGGUUAAUCCUACUAUGAUAUCAGAGUCGUUAAAUAAAUCCAAGAAGAGCCCCAUGGAAUUUUUCAGAAUUGAUAGUAAAGAUAGCACCAGUGAACUUCUGGGGCUUGAUUUUGGAGAUAAACUUUAUAGCUUAAAAUCAGAAUCUUUUAAACCAUUUUUUCCCACAUCAGAUCAGGAUAAGAGCCUUGAAGCCAUAGAAAACAAAUUAAGCCUUGUAUCUCAGGAUACUAUCAGCAGGGGUUCUAAUGACUCUGUGCCUGUGAUAUCAUUUAAGGAUGUAGCUUUUGAUGAGGUUGGUAGUAUUGAUGAAGGGAGACCUGACCUUUUGGUCAACUUGCCAGGCAUUAUGGAGCAAAUGAAAGAAGCUUCAGUGGAUGGGCCAACAAAGCUGAUGGAACAGAAUGGAGACAUCUUGGAAAGCAAACUUUUGGAAACUCCUGAUGUCUUGCAAUUGAAUAACAGUGCAGAACAAAGCAGAGUGCUUGAGCAAAAGGUAGAGCAUUUGAGGGAAGAAGAAUCAAAAGAACUACACAAAGGAAAUCAGGAAACAGUCAGGACAUUCCAUACAGCUGCUAGUGACCCAGCUGGUUUUGGGGACAGGACGGCCUUUCAAGAACUUGGAGAAGCAACAACAUCAUUGUUAGAUGUGUUCAGCGUAAAGGAGAAUUUCUUGGUUUCCAGUACACAAGUAGAUGUUACAGAAGACAGCUUAGACGUGGACAGUGAAGCUGUGUUGCUGUUUUCUGAUCAUGCUGAAGAAAACAACGAAGAGGGAACAGCCCCUUCUUUGUCAUACAAAGCAGAAAGCAAAGAGUUGGGUGUGAAGAGCAGAGGAGAGAAUGAAAUACAUCGUUUUUUUCAGGACUUGGAUGAGAGAUUAGCACUAACCUCCAGAUUUUACCUCCCUGAGGGCUGUAUUCAAAGAUGGGCAGCUGAAAUGGUUGUAGCCCUUGAUGCCUUGCAUCGAGAAGGAAUUGUGUGCCGUGAUUUGAACCCAAACAACAUCUUAUUGAAUGAUCGAGGACACAUUCAGCUAACGUAUUUUAGCAGGUGGAGUGAGGUUGAAGAUUCCUGUGACAACGAUGCCAUAGAGAGAAUGUACUGUGCCCCAGAAGUUGGUGUUGUCGUUGAAGAAACAGAGGUCUGCGACUGGUGGAGUUUGGGUGCCCUUCUCUUUGAACUACUUACUGGAAAGACUCUCCUGGAGUGCCACCCAGCAGGAAUAAAUACUCAUACUUGCUUAAAUUUGCCAGAUCACAUUUCAGAGGAGGCCAGAUCACUCCUUCAACAGCUUUUGCAGUUCAAUUCUAUGGAACGUCUUGGCUCUGGAAUCGCUGGAGUUGAAGACAUCAAAGCACAUCCUUUUUUUGCCACCAUUGAUUGGACAGAAUUAGCUAAGUGAAAAGCUGUAUGAGUUGUCUGUGCUUAGGCUGAAGAUUUCGAACAGAUAACUCCCUUGCUGCCAUUAUGAAGACUAGGUGUUCCCAGACCAGGAUGAGUAAAUUGGAAAUUGGAAUCAAAAGGAAUGUUUAACCUUGACUGGACAAAAGAAAGGUGUGGUUUAUACUGCUGGGGACUGACUUCAGUUCUUCUUUUGUGUUGGAAUGAUGCGCAGCACUGAUUGCAGGGCAUUACAAGCAGUUGUCUUUGCAUGUCAUGUCAUACAUUUCCUCACCCCCAUUUCAAAUCAUGGGAAUCUGGAUGGAAAAAGUUUGACACCGUUUUUGGCAGUAGCCCAUCUAGCUCUGGCGUUAGUGGGAAAUUGUGCAAAUAAGAAUGCACUCCUUGUAUUUUGUUUUAUUUUAAGUGAUGACAAAGUGUGGAAUUUCUGUUGUACAUGCCAGUGCCUAUUGUCUAUGCCAGCUGAAUAUAGCCCCCUUUUUAUACUUCUUUGGUAACCUUGGCAUAGUUGAAUUUAGGUUGACUGGAGAAGAGGGAGAAAAAUAACUUAUCAAUAACAUAUGCUAAAUAAAAUAUUAUGGUGCUUCUGCAAAACCUGACAUGUAAUAUGUCUAAUGCGGGGGGGGGGUGAGGGGAGAAUGAAAACUAGUAUCAUGCGAUGUAAUUCCAAAAUGGUUAAGUGUCAUCUCUCAAAAGAUGGAAAAAUGUAAUCUAGCUAUUGCUAUCUUGUGCUUGUUGGUUGCAAUGCAAUGUUUGUUUUAAAGCACUAAUCUUUACCCUCAAGUGAAUUAUAUGUUUUAAAUCACUACAAGACCAAAAGUCUCUUCUGUCAUCCAGAUAAUGAUUGUUUUAGUAAUUUUAAAUGGACCAAGAAAAUAGAAUGCUGAAAAGGUAUGGAAAGCUAUUAUAUAUCGUAUAGAAAUUCAUGCCUUCAUAUAACUCUGUGAUAUGGCAGUUUUUUAUGGUAGGCAGUUUUUAUCUUUUUCUUCAUUUUGCUUACAUGGAAAAUGUUCAAGUUUGCAGCAUUCCACUUACAUGCACAUGUUUAUUUGUACAUGUGAGUUCUGAAAAUGUUUUAUUUACUCCUCAAUUUCACUACAACUUUGUUUCUUCUUUUAGAAACAGUACAUUAGUAUAUGUGUUUUACCAUUGUGAAUCCCUCCUAAGGAGGAGAGUCUCCAAACACUGUUCUGAGAUUUGGGAGUUUUAUAUUAAAGUGCUCUAUCAGAAAGAAUAUUUGGGAACAUUUUACGAGCACUAGUACUUCACAAUUUGGAAUUUCAUUGUAUGCACCAUGAACAGGCCCAACUGAAAUGGGAUGAAUGAGAUGUCUGCUUUUCAUGACUAUUGUUUUUUUUUUUAAUAGAUUUGCCAUGAAGCUGUUUCAGAGGACUGUUGUCUUCUGAUACAAUUGGAAUAAUGGUGAUUUGGCUAUUGGUCCUUAACUUGUUGAUUAUUUUGUCAGAUGGAAAUCCAGGCACCAAAAGUUGAGAAAAAGACACCUGAAGUUAAUAUUUACUUAAAAUAAAAAAUGUUUCUUUUAAAAGGUCAUUGUCUUAGUACAUGUAAAACCUUCUGUAAUAACUACUUUAGUAUGGCUCAUUAAGUUAUUAAGAUCCAAAGCCCCCUAUUAAAAUA